AUGGAAAAAGGCAAUCACUCCACAGUGACCAAAUUCUUCCUCUCUGGCUUAACAGACCAACCAGAGCUGCAGCUGCCCCUGUUCCUCCUCUUCCUUGGAAUCUACCUGCUCACAGUGCUGGGGAACCUGGGCAUGAUCAUCCUGAUCCUGCUCAGCUCCCACCUGCACACCCCCAUGUACUUCUUCCUCAGCAGCCUGUCCUUCAUUGACCUCUGUCAAUCUACUGUCAUUAUCCCCAAAAUGCUGGUGAAUUUUGUGACGGAGAAGAAUGACAUCUCCUACCCUGAGUGUGUAUCUCAACUUUACUUCUUUCUCCUUUUUGCUGUUUCAGAAUGUUACAUGCUGGCUGCCAUGGCAUAUGAUCGCUAUGUUGCCAUCUGUAGCCCCUUGCUUUACAAUAUCAUCAUGUCUCAACAUGUGUGCCUCUCUCUUAUCUUAGGAGUUUACAUUGUAGGCAUAAUUUGUGCAUCAGCUCACGUAGGGUGUAUGUUUAGGAUUGAUUUCUGCAGGUUUGAUUUGAUCAACCAUUAUUUCUGUGAUCUUAUUUCUAUUCUUAAUCUCUCAUGCUCUAAUAUUUUUGUGAAUGAGUUGAUGAUACUAAUUUUUAGUGGAAUAAAUAUUAUUGGCCCAACACUGACCAUCCUCAGUUCCUAUGUUUUCAUCAUUAUCAGCAUCCUACGCAUUAAGUCCACUGAGGGCAGAUCCAAAGCCUUCAGCACCUGCAGCUCCCACGUCUCAGCUGUGGCUCUCUUCUUUGGUUCUGCUUCAUUUAUGUAUCUAAACCCAUCAUCUUCCAAUUCUAUGGAUGAAGGAAAAGUGUCUUCUGUAUUUUACACCAUCAUUGUACCCAUGCUCAACCCCAUGAUCUACAGUCUGAGGAAUAAGGAUGUCAAUAUUGCUCUGAAGAAACUGAUAGAAGGAAGAUUAUUUUUCUGA